GAACCUCUCCUGAGCGAGUGAGUGCCUGAACUCACUUGAUCUUACAUCAGUCUCAGGAGGAGGGACCAUUAUCACUUUAAAACAAGGAACCCGAGGCACCUAGAGGUCAAGUCCCUUGCCCAAGGCUCGUGGCUAUGAGCAAGGGAGCUGGAGUUUGGUGCAGAACCACGAUCAGAAGCGCCCUGCCUCCUAGCUUCCCGGGGGCCCCUCGGCCAGGAACGCCCCAGAACCUGGGAGACGAGAGGAAGCCGCGGACGGCCAGUGGCCCUGGCCUCGGGGAGCAGGUGUCCUCAGAGGCGCCGGACGGAGCGCCUGCGCCCGCGGCAGAGCGUGGGAACUCGGACGCCGCGGCAGCCAGCUCCUCUCCGCGGGAAGCUCUACCAGGAGGCGCCAUGACCGCGAGGGAGUCCGACAAGCCGGAUGCAAACCCAUCUCUGCGGUUCGCUACCUCUGUGAUUUCAGGGUUGAGUAGAUUAAGAGCAGUCCAUGUAGAGUGUGAGCAACGGUACCUGUCACGCAACGAGGACCUGCCCCCGUCACUGUCGCCGCACACGGUAGGGAAGAGACCGUCGGAGAGGCAAGAAGAGCAGAGACACCCGCGAGGAGAUGAUCAGCAGAGCAAGCCCUGCAUUGUACCAUCCCCUUCCCCGGGUGACUCCAGGCUGCUGACCCAAGUCCCUGCACACGGCCUGGGGCAGCGGCGCCCUGGGGCGGAGCUUGGACAGACAGGAGCCUCCAGAGGCAGGGGAGCAGGGUGGCGGGCACAGCACACGGUGCCGGGCACUCUUCCUUCAAGCCAGGAGCCCCUGCCCAUCCCAGGACUCAGGACCCCAGCCUGGACUGACUUGCCAUCCGGAGGGAGGGUGAUGAUACCAGCCGCAGAGGCUCACGGGGAUUCCCCGAGCUAGAGUUUCAGAACCGCCCAGCGCAGAGCCUGGCACGUGGCACGGAACACCAGAAACACGGUCCAGGAAGAGCCCCUUAAAGAUCACCUGUUCGGCCACUCCGUGUCACAGAUGGACAAACGGAGGCCCAGGGCGGGAGAGGGCUUGCCUGAGCCACUGCAGCCCCAACCCGCAUCUCCCGCUCUCCCGGUCCCCCUUCUGCGGCGGAGCACCGGGGCGGGGUGUGCGCAAGUGCCGCCCUCGCACACCUCACCUCCCUCUAGCGUCUGGUCCGCACGCCAGCACUCACCAUGGAGCAGGUACCAACGUCCAGGCCCGGUCACGCCUCCUCCUCCAGGCAGCCUGGCGUUCCCCGCCGCCAAGGCGAGCGCCGGCUGCCGGUUCCCAUCCGAGCCAAGAGUGGAGCCGGGACUUGGGACUCCGAGAAGCGCGUCUGCA